CUGGUUGAAGUCCUUAGAACCUUCUCCAGCCUUGGCAGAACGCACACGAAAGGAAAACUCAGUGGAGACAAUUCUGGGGCAGUUGGCAUCUGUUGAGAAUCUCCUCUGUACAGACUGUCAUCAAUUUCAGGAUGGACUCUCUCGUGGCAGCCAACACCAAAUUUUGCUUUGAUCUUUUCCAGGAGAUAAGCAAAGAUGAUCCUCAUAAAAACAUCUUCUUCUGUCCUCUAAGCCUCUCAGCUGCUCUUGGCAUGGUCCGCCUGGGGGCCAGAAGCGAGAGUGCACAGCAGAUCGACCAGGUACUACACUUCAAUGAAUUUUCCCAGAAUGAAAGAAAAGAACCCGAUCCCUGUCUGAAAAGCAAAAAACAGCAAGUGCACGGUGACAGCCCUCUGGAGGCACAGAAAGAAACAAUGGAGCCUCUGACCCUACAGGCUGAGUCUUCCAGAGAUGAGAGUGGACUGCUCAGCUGCUACUUCGGGAAGCUUCUCUCCAAGAUAGACAGGAUCCGAGUUGAUUACACCCUAAGUAUUGCCAAUAGGCUUUACGGAGAGCAGGAAUUCCAGAUCUGUCCGGAAUACUUAGAUGGCGUGAUUGAAUUUUACCACACGACCAUUGAAAGUGUUGAUUUCCGGAAGGACUCCGAGAAGUCCAGACAACAGAUUAACUUUUGGGUUGAAUCUCAGUCCCAAGGUAAGAUCAAGGAACUCUUCAACAAGGAUGCAAUUGACAGUGCGACGGUGCUGGUGUUGGUGAAUGCUGUUUACUUCAAGGCCAAAUGGGAAAAAUAUUUUGACCCUAAAAACACAGUUGAUGCCCCUUUCUCUCUAAAUGAGAAUGAAAAGAGGACUGUGAAGAUGAUGAACCAAAAGGGCCUGUUUCGAAUCGGUUUCAUAGAGGAGUUGAAGGCACAGAUCCUUGAAAUGAGGUAUACCAAGGGGGCACUCAGCAUGUUCGUCCUGCUGCCUUCUUGCUCUGCAGAUAAUGUGAAGGGCCUGGAAGAGCUUGAAAGGAACAUCACUCAUGAAAAAAUAGUGACCUGGAGCAGCUCAGAGAAUAUGUCAGAAGAAACAGUAGACGUCUCCUUCCCUCAGUUCACCCUGGAAGAUAGCUAUGAUCUCAAUUCUAUUCUACAGGACAUGGGCAUCACGGAUAUCUUUGAGGAAGGGAAGGCUGAUCUUACUGGAAUCUCUCCAAGUCCCAAUUUGUACCUUUCAAAAGUUUUCCAUAAAACCUUUGUGGAGGUGAAUGAAAAUGGCACCCAGGCAGUUGCUGCCAGUGGGGCUGUUGGCACAGUAAGGUCCAUACCUUCCUGGGUGACGUUUACUGCCGAUCACCCUUUUCUCUUUUUCAUCAGACACAACAAAACCCAAACUAUUCUAUUCUAUGGCAGGGUCUGCUCUCCCUGAAAGGAGCACACUGUCUAGUAACCCAGGAGCUGGAAGAAAGUGGCAGAAUGGUCUCCCGCUGGCGAUAACAUGGGAAUUUGCGUUCUUGCUGAUAUCUAAAGCUGACCGAAUUCUGCCACAGCUCCAUGCCCCCUUCCUCCUGCCACUGGCCUGAGCUUGUCCUGAUCCUUUUCUCACCCUGUAGCUGACUUUCAUCUACGUCCAUUAGUAUCAAAGUCUCUGGCUCCCUCCCUAACCUUUCACCACACUAAGCUUUCAAGCAUAUAAUUCACCCUCUGUGACCUUGAAGGUCAGUGUAAUGUACUGACUUUAAGUUCCCUACCUCCAUAUAAAGGAAUCCUGGAAGUUCAAGUCAUUAGACCACUUCUAGGGGAGGAUAAAUUCAGAAACCACUUUAACAUGGGCAACAGGAGGAAAUGUUUAAAUGGAAUGUGUUUUGGAAACUCAGCUCUAUUUCUAUGGUAGUUAAAACCAGGGGUCGCUGCUGGCCAAGACGCCCUGCCUCUUUCUCUCCCAUCUUCUUCUACUGCAUGGAAGAUGCCCUGUAAGAUGCUUCUCACCUAAGGAAAAAUCCACCUACCAGGGGUGGAUUUAAGUGAGAGCUCAAGGACGGAAGCCUGCCCUGACCAGCACUCAUUCUGUGGAGGUCAGGACAUGUUUUGCGAAUCUGACAUUGACCUAAGGGAGCGGCAGUGGAUUUAAAAAUUAGUCUCAGCUUUCCUUAUUGAGUCUCCUAGGCUAUCAUCAUGAAUCAUGAUCCUCUGUGUCUUUUCACCCCUUCCUCAGAGAAUUCGCCUCUGUAGUUAUUCUUAAAUACCCAAUAAGUUAGGUGGGGGAGGGGAGCCAUCAUCAUGAAGCAUGAUCCUCUGUGUCUUUUCACCCCUUCCUCAGAGAAUUCGCCUCUGUAGUUAUUCUUAAAUACCCAAUAAGUUAGGUGGGGCAGGGGAGCACUGCCCCCCCUGUAGACUGCUGGCUCCCUAACCCCCUCAGUCAGGAGUCUGCCACAUGGACCUAUUUCCUCCUGGAGGCCUUAUGCUGGGUCAUGUCCUGAGAGCUGGCCUGGUUCUGGGCAUGAUGCAUGUGGAAAUCUAUGUCAAGAAGGCCGUUGGCUUCAUAUCAAUCUCUAGUCUACUGAAAACCAGAUGCCCAAGUGUUUAAGACUCUAGAACUGGACUUUCAUUCUCUGAUACGUCUGUCUGAAUUCUUGAUCUCUGCCUUAGCUGAAUGCUCUGGAAUGACUAUUACCAAUGCCUAACUCAAGGAAGUGGAGAAUCAUUCUGUCAAGGUGAAUUUCUGGUCUUGGCCAUGGCCCCAUUUCCCUGCCCUGCCCUGCCCUAUGAGCGUCCUCCUCCCAGUUGCCACCAUGUUGGUUAAGGGUGGCUGUGGCGGUUUUUGCAAGAGAAGGUAGGUUAAGUUCAGCUGGUUAAGUCAUGCUGGCCCCUGUCCCCCUGUUUGCCUCUAUAUUAAUGAUUUCUUUGUGCUGUGAAGGACAAGUUCCAUGUUCCUCAUACAGGCUUCUCAUUGUCAAAGGUUGUUUGUGGUAUAAAAAAUUCCUCAUUGAUAAUGUGAGGCAGCUUGAGGUGGCUCUCCCAAGUCCUUCCACAGAAGGCAUGUCCCAUGGGUCAAAUUUAUGUCAGAUAAUAUAAUAUGUAGUCACUUCUGUGGUUCUUUUUGGGGCUAACAUUUUGAAGAUUCCAUGCCUGACCUGUCAUUGCUGUUGGAUACUGAACUCAAUAACUAUGACCUUUGUGAAGGUUUGGCAUUGUCCGGCAUCGCUAUGUUCUUAUUCUUUUCCUUGAUAAACACAUCUUCUCAUUGUAUUGGGCUCUCUCAGAAUUUUAAUCACAAAGGGAAAGUGUAUCUCCUUAUAAAAAUGAGAGUGAGAGUGAGAUUCUGUGAACCAGUAAACUUACUAAUCUUCAAUUGAUCAAAAUGUUUCUUCUUAGUAAAUAAAACACUUUUGUCAG